CGCCCCUCCUCUUAACUGUGCGCGAGCAAGUUCCUGUAGACCCGGAAACGGAUAGCGCGGAGCAAUGGUCUCGCUGCGCAGCGUUGACUUUUAAGAAAGACUCAUGUUCAGAGGAAGAGACUCAGAAAAGGAGGAAGAGAAAAGAAAGAGGAGUCCAGAAUGGCUUUUUCUCAGGGACAGUUGACCUUCAGGGAUGUGGCCAUAGAAUUCUCUCAGGAGGAGUGGGAGUGCCUGGAUCCUGCUCAGCGGGAAUUGUACAAGGGUGUGAUGUUGGAGAACUAUAAGAACCUGGUCUCCCUGGAUGUCUCUCUUACACAUGUGAUCAAGAAAUUAUAACCAAAGGAGAACAGUAAUACAGGAGAAGUAUUCCAAACAGUGAUGUUGGAAAGGCAUGAAGGCCUUGAAAUCAAAGAUUUUUACUUCAGGGAAAUCAGGAAAAAAAUGCAUGACUUUGAGUGGCAGUGGAGAGAUAAUGAAAUAAAUUACAAAGAAAUGUCUGUAACCCAUAAACACAGUCUCACUGAUAUAAGAGAUCAGCAUGGUAAAAGUGAUGCAGGAAAUAGGCUUGGAUUAAGUUUUGGGGAUAAACUACACAUGUUUCAAACUGAAGGGAAAACUUAUGCAUGUAAUCAAGUUGAGAAGUCCAUCAACAAUGGUUCCUCAGUUUCACCACUUCAGAGAAUUCCUCCUACGGUCCAAACCAACAUUGCUAGUAAAUGUGGGAGUGACUUUAUUCACCCUUUGACACUGAUGCAAGAGCAGAAAGCACAUAGGGAAAAACCUUACAAAUGUCUUGAUUGUGGCAAAACCUUUAAUCAGGGCUCACACCUCACUAGACAUCAGAUAAUGCAUACAGGAGAAAAACCAUAUAAAUGUAAUGUAUGUGAGAAAGUCUUUAGUCAAAAUUCAAACCUUGCAAGUCAUCAGAGAAUCCAUACCGGAGAAAAACCUUACAAAUGUAACGAAUGUGGCAAAGCCUUUAGUCAAAAUUCACACCUUGCAAAUCGCCGGAGAAUACAUCCUGGAGAGAAACCUUACCAAUGUAAUGAAUGUGGCAAGGCUUUUUGCCAAAGUUCGAAGCUUGUAAAACAUCACAGAGUACAUAGUGGAGAGAAACCACACAAAUGUAACGUGUGUGGUAAAGCUUAUCGAAAGUUCAAGCCUGUUGACCAUCAGAAAAGUCAUACUGGAGAGAAACCAUACAAAUGUAAUGUGUGCGGCAAAGCUUUUAUUGUGCGUCCAAGCCUAAUAAGCCAUCAGAUAAUCCAUACUGGAGAGAAACCUUACAAAUGUAUUGAAUGUGGCAAGGCCUUCAGACAAUGGUCUGACAUCAGGAUUCACCAAAGAAUUCAUGCUGGAGAGAAACCUUUCAAAUGCCACGAGUGUGGCGAAGCCUUUACUCAGGGCUCACACCUCACUAAACGUCAGAUAAUCCGUACAGGAGAGAAACCAUAUAAAUGUGAUAUAUGUGGGAAGGUCUUCAAUCAAAAUUCACACCUAGCAAGUCAUCGGAGAAUCCAUACUGGGGAGAAACCAUACAAAUGUAGUGAAUGUGGUAGAGUUAGUGUGCGGUCAAGCCUAAUUUACCAUCAGGUAAUCCAUACUGGAGAGAAACCUUACCGAUGUAAUGAAUGUGGCAAGGCCUUUGCCAAGCGUUCACACCUUAGGCAUCAUGGGAGAAAUCAUACUGGAGAGAAGCCAUAUGCAUGUAUUGAAUGUGGUAAGACCUUUCGGCAGUGGUCUGACCUCAGGAUUCACCAAAGAAUUCAUUCUGGAGAGAAACCUUACAAAUGCCACGAGUGAGGCAAAGUCUUUACUCGAGAGUCACACCUCACCAGUCAUCAGAUAAUCCACACUGGAGAGAACCUUACAAAUGUACUGAACAUGGCAAGGCUUUUAGGUAUUGCCUUAAACUCAGAGUUCACCAAAUAGCUCACAUUUACAAGUGUAACAAAUGUGGCAGAGUUUUAAAUUAGUACUGUUCACUAGAUAUGAUUAAAUAUCCAGCAGAGAAACCACACAAAGGUAAUGUGUGUGGCAAGGAUUUUACCCAAAGAUCAAAAUUGGGGAAUGUACUAGAGCAAUACCUUAUAAAUGCAAUGAGUGUGGCAAAGCCCUUACCUUGAGUUCAAAGUAUUUUUUAACAACAGAGUCCAUGUUGAAAAGAAACCAUGUAAAUGUGGCAGAGCUGUUAUCUGGGCCUCACAGUGACAUCAAGAUAUAUAUCUUUCAGAGAAACCACACAAAAGUAACGUGUAUGCUAUGGCUUUUGCCCCAACGUCAAAACCGUGGAACAUCAGAGAAUUUAUAUUGGAGAGCCACCUUACAAAUGUAAAGAAUGUCGUAAGGCUUUCAUCAAAUGUUCAUACCUUUGGAGUAAUGAGAGAAUUUAUGCAGGGGAAACUAUACCUAUUUAAAUACGCCAAAUGUGGAAAUGCUUUUAAGGAACAGUGUGUUCUCGGGAUUCACCAAUGAAGUCAUACUGGGGAGAAUUCUUACAAAUAUGAUAAAUUUUUUGACCAAUUCACACACCACACAUUGGAGAAUCCAGGAAUAACUGGAUAUAACUGGAAUAAUUAAGUCUUUAGUUCUCUUGAGAUUAACCUGAGAUGUUAGUGGAGAAUAAUUAUGUCAAAAAAUGUUAAAAUUCCCAUAUCAUGGGAACAAGGACAUGUGUGGAAGUAGCUCAUUAUUUUCUGUGUACAAGGUAUUGAGUUUUCUUGAAAAGGCUACAUUACUACUUACGAGUUUCAACCUGAAGUUUGAAAUCUAUUGAUCUUAAGCCUUCCUUAUAGGCCUUUCCUGAUGGUCUCUGAGGAGGAAUCAAGAUGAAGGGGUCUGCUUCAUUGGGUGUGACUCAUAUCCACAUUUCCUGGAACAAGGACACAGUUGUCAGAUUCACUAUUGUGUGAGCAUUGGGGAGGGCCAGAGAAUAAUGCAAACCUCCAUAUAAGUCAUCAUGCUUGUUACCUUCAGGGCCCCCUUCUCUAGAUGAAUUAUAGGGACUGGCCUUUCAUGGGAUGACAGUGAUAGUUUGUUUACUAGGGACUGAUUAUGUGAUAGAAACAACACAGGGGAAGAUGGUAAUAGCUGUUCUAUACUGUCAGUGACAAAUUGAUAUAUUAUUGACAGAUUUCCCUUUUCUUGGAAAUUGAAGAGAGCAGUUAUCUGAGAAGGCAGUGGAAUGGAAAGAACCAGAACAGUAUGUGCGUGAUUCAUAGUUAACUCCUGCCAUUACAUUUUACUACUGUUUUCUUCAAAAUGUAUUGUAGCUCUCAUGCUGUAAUUAAUAAAGCUUU